GCCUCUGCCUCCCAAGUGCUGGGAUUAAAGGCGUGUGCCACCAUGCCUGGCCACUAGGCUCUUUUAAUACAGGCAUUUAAAGCUUUAAGUUUCCUUGUAAUUUAUUUUUUAAAUUGUGAUAUGAUUUCUUUUCUGAUCCAUUGAUUACAUAAGUGUGUCUGUUUAAUUCUCACAUGUUCGUGAAUUUUUUAUAUUUUUUCCUGUCAUUGAUUUCUGUUUUUGUUCAUUUUGGCCAAGAAACAUCUUGGUAUAAUUCCUGUCCUUUUACAUUUACUGAGGCUUGUUCAGUUUAGUGUAUGGUCUAUCCUGAGAAUGUUCCAUGCCUACUUGAAAAGAAUUUGUAUUCUGAUGCCAGUGAAUAGAAGACAGCUCUUCGUGAGAUCAGUGUGAUCCAGGGCAGGAGACAGUGGUAGGAAUGGGAGAGGAGUGAGUUGAGAAUGGAAGAAUAGGGUGGAGGAUAGGGCAGGCCAAAAGAAAGCACCCGCUGACACUACUGUAACAGAGGGCCACAGCCUAGGCAGCUUAAACACGUGAUGGCUGGUGGUGGCACUGAAGUCUCAGGUGGUUACAGACUCCUCACCUCAGUCCCUGACUUCAUCUCACAAGACUCUUCUCUGUGUCGUAUCUCUGCCUGAAUCUCCCUUUUAGUAAGGACACCAGUCAUAUUGCAUUAGGAACACCCUCCUGACGUCUCCUGACCAUCCAAAGGAGCCUGUUUCCUGUGAUGCUUCAUUCACAAAUCCAGGGGAGGGACUCUAAGAGGACAAGACUCAAUCCAUCAUAGGCACAAAGAGAGAGGGAAGAGGGGAGAGCAAAUGCCGAGCCUCCCACCUAGAGAUGGAGGGAAAGGGCAUUCCCAGGAUGGAGCCCCAGGCCCUUCUUUCUUGUAGAGCCCAGGCAGGCCUGCCCUGUGGCACUGGGCAAUGAGGAGCCCAAGCAAGUCUCCUAGAAGGUCUCAUUUCUGUGACCGGGAGGAGCAAGUGAUGAAAAAGAUUUUGUGGUGUGUUUUGGGGCUCCAUAGCGUGCUUGGUUUUAUUUCGGGGGGGGCGGGGACAGCAAGGAGAGGAUUGUAGCUAUAAUAGACUGAUCCCAAAGGCAAGUCUGUAAAACAAGGAUGCAUUGCUGAGGUCUGGAAGAUGGAGGGAGGGCCAUGCUGGAGGAGACAGAUAUGCCCAGGCAACAAAGUGACAUCCUGAGAGACAGGUGCUGGACAGGCAGAGCAGACAUGACAGAGCAUUGGCCUUGGCCCUGGGGUUUGGAAAGCUUCUUGUUCCCUCAAAUCUAGGAGAUGUUGACAAGCCUGAGAUCCUAGACCAUGCUAUUCUUUUAACACUGAACAGUGAAGCCUUGGCAGGGCCCUCGGGAGUCCAUCAGAAUGAACUUCACGACAGCUUGGAGGGCUCUGAGCCUGGGAUAGGGUGGCUGAGCCCUGCUGUAGCAAUCAUGCCAACACUGGCUGUUCCAGCCUGAGUCCCUCCGGCAGGGUGAAACAGUACGAGCACUUUUGAGAUGAUUGCCCAUUUUGGAGAACCUGGCCAUCUACCCUGUGAUUAUAGACUAUGUGAAACCAUAUGGAGUUGAUCCAAAUCCCUGAAUGUGAGAAGAUACCCAGACUUCAUCUGACCACAUCAGAAUGUCCAUAGAGUUGUCUCCAAAUACAUUCAACAAAUCUCUAUUGAGUGAUUUUUCUAUCCCAGGUAUAAGUUUAGUCUCUGGAAAACCAGUCAGGAACAACCCAGCUCCUGCCCUUGACUCCCACCUUAUGAAGGUGGGUAAAGAAAUCAGACAUUCAAAAGACCUGAGUAUUUAACUCAUCAGGUAUUGGGAGGAACUUCAGGGACACCCAAAGAAAGAUGGAGGAGGCUGGAAAAUGGUACACUUGGGCAGAGGGGCUUCUGGGGAGCUUCAGUAUAUAAAUAACAGGAAACCCAAAGGUGAAAUUGUGAGCCAUGUGGAUGGACUUCAGGGAAAGAGACCAUGUGACAUUUUGGCCAGGGAGGCAGAUAAAGGCUAAAAGUUAGAAAUUCUGGUAAGUUGGAGGCCAGUAUUGCUGGAGAGGAAUGGGUAAAGGCUCCUGACGAUGGUUAUAGUGUCUGCUGAGUUUGUAGAUUUGAAAUCUUUUACUUCAACAUCUUUGUUAACUUCAAAAUGUCUCAGAAAUUCUGAACUACAUGCCCCAGGGUCCCAGCCUCUUGAACUUGGAAGUCAUACAAACUUCCCUGCCCCACGUGACCCCUAUAUACUCUGAUUUGGGACUUGAAGGCCAAGAUCUAACCACACAUUUUGUAGUCUGGACCCUGGGCCAAUACACAUACACACACACACACACACAGAAGCAACUGAGUCCAAAGGAAAAACAUAUCUCCUUGAAGUUUGAAAGCUCCUAUUCUAAGAUUAAAAUCAAAACAGGAAACAGUAAGCAAGUUCACUGUGGGAAUUUCCCAGUGUCAAUUUUACCCACACUGCUUCUACCAUCACCAAAAGAAACCCAGCUCAUGGUAAAGACUGACUGCCCUUCACCAACCACUGGAGCCAGAAGCCCAGGAUGGCUGAAAGGGCUCGAAUCCUGUGAUGGUUCAUAUUAACUAUCAACUAGACAUAACCUAGAAUCACCAAUCUCAGUGCUUGUCUAUAUCAGGUUUGUCUGUCCAUAACCUAAUCUUGAUUAGGUUAAUUGAUGUUGGAAGACCCAGCUCACUGUGGGUGGUGCCAUUCCCUAGGCAGUGGUCUCUGAACUAAGUGAAGAAAUCCACCUGAGCACAAGCGAGCAUGUAUACAUGCAUUUCUCUUUGCUCCUGAUUGACGUGACUAGCUAUUUGAAGUUCUGCCUUGAUUUCCCCACUAUUAUGAACUGUAAACUAGAAUUGUAAGCUGAAAGAAUGCUUCAGCUGCUUUCCAUCAGGGUAUUGUGUCACAGAAACAGAUAUGAAACUAGAGCAAUCCCCUUCUCUCUGCUGUCUACACAAAACCCUUGGUGACCUCAGGUCUCAGACAGCAAUCACCAUCUAUAUGUGGCUGGGAAGGCAGUUUCAGAGCUGCAGGCCAGGCCUCUCCUCUAACCUCCAGGAAAUGGAGUGCACACAUAUCCUGCGGCCAACACUAUCUCUCCCUGGCUGAUUGCUAAACUCUGCCAGUGUCACAGGUCCCCAAGUGAGGUCUUUGGGGAUACCUCCUUCCACCUGCUCCCUGCCUUCUUCGUCUCAGUUGUUGCAACUUUAGUCUUCCAAGUUUUGAUACUCUUCUCUCUUUCUACCAGGUGUCAAUCCAUCAGUAAGUACAGGUCCUUCCCUAAAACACAUUGGGAGCAGCCCGCUUCCUACCACCUCCACUGGUGUUGCUUUGUUUGUGUCAAGGAUAUUUUGGUUGGUUUUCUGCUUCUGCUCUUUGCUAAGCCCAACCCAACUGCCAGGGGGAUCUGGAUAAAACCCAAGCCAGGGUGGCUCUCCUCUGCCCAGAGGCCUCCAAAGGCUCCCAUCUCAGUCAGAGGUCCUUCCACAGCCUCUAGGAUAUCCUAGGUCAUUCCCCACCCUUAUCCUCUUACUCCCUUAUCUCUUAUAGUGCUCCACCUCCCACGGCUCAACCUCCUAUCGCAUUCUGCCUCCUAUAGUGCUCCACCUUCUAUAGUGCUCCACCUCCCACCCUACCUCACCUCCCAUCACUCUCCCUUUCCCAUUGCACGCCAUCCUGUCACACUCAACCCUGCCUGCUCUAUUCUGCCACGCUGGUCCUUUGCUGCUCUGUAUAUCAGGCCCACUCCCUUCAGACCCUCACAUCUGCUGUUCCUUCUGUGCCGCUGUCUCCCUUAUACUGACACUGCCUUUUCUAGGAAACCUGCAGUCACCAUUCAAUCUCCAGCCCCAGCCUGUGCUCCCCAGCUCCCAUCUCUGCUGCAUUUUCUUCUCUUCAGCCCUGGUCAAUCACUGCAUGUUCUAAUGAAUCACCUCUCUGCCUCCCACAUUAACAUGUAAGCAUCACAGUUUCCUUCCCCAGUCCCCAGGACAGUUUGGCCACACCAUAGCUGCCCAUUACAUGUGUGUGGGCUGGAUGGAGCUCAAGACUGAAGGAGCGUGAAGUGUGCCUCCCCUCCAGCAGACUGGUGCAUAGAAAGGGUCCCAGUGCUUCUCGGGGAGCUAGAAGGUGUUUACAAGGGCAUCCCUUGCCACUCCUUACAGAAGGAAAGUGGUGGUGAGCCCCAGGAAGGAGAGUACAGCACAGCCUGGCAGACUGCUGUGGGCGGCUGAGGGUGCAGAGGCAGCUGGCUCCUGGCAUCUGCGUCACCCUGGCAGCCUGUCUGAACCAGGAGGGAAUUCUCUUUCCUGCUCCUCUGGGUGGAGAGAGGAUGCCUCCUAUGAAUGAGGCUCAAAUCUGAACUCCUGGGAGGUUGCUGUUUUGAACUGGCCCUGGCAGUGACGCUGCAGGGUUGUGCAAAGCCUGGAACAGUGAGGGCAUUAGGACCAAGAACGAGGCGCACACUUGGCUUGGGUGGUGUCUGGCAGAGGGCUCUUGCAAAACUGGAGCUAUGUGUAAAAGGAAAUCAGGCAGUGCCUGCCGGCUUUACAUCUGUUGAUCUGACCUGACUUGAGGCGUCCAAAGAAGGACGGCUGUCAACUCAGCUGGACUGAGCCCCCGGCAGCUUGCCCCAGACAUCACAUAGAACCCAACCAUUCAUGCAGAGGGGGGAAGAACAUGGGACUAAGCACCCGAGCAGGGUGAAAGGGGAUCAAGCAAUGCAACUGGAGUCCCUCUUAGAAGGCAAUUAACAAAUCUACUCAGAGAAGACGUAGGGUAGCCUUGGGCUCCUGGGGCUUACUGGUUCCAAGAAGCAGCAGGUCUUACACACGCUGUUGACAAAUGUCUGAUGGGAUAAAAGGAGCAGGUGACUGGCAGAAAGCCUCCCAGAUGCAAAGAACAACCCAGGUUCCACACAAGCUUGAAAGGACCUGUGGCACCAUGAGGAAACACACUUGAGGAAGACUUGUUGCUUUGGGCAAGAGGCUGCAACAUGUUGCUGAGGAAACGACCCAGGCAUGGACGGUGCAGACUUCAGUUCCUCCUGCUCUUCUUGACUCUGGGAGUUGUCCUGAUGAUGGUGGCCAUGCUGCAUCCUCCGCCGCCCACCCUGCACCAGGCCAUCACAGCACAGGUCAGCAAGCACAGUCCAGACACCGGGUACCGCCUGGACUUUGGAGACUCCCAGGAAUGGGUUCUGGAAGCUGAGGAUGAAGAGUACAGCUUCCUGGAGGGUCUGCCACCCUUCAUCUCCCUGCGGGAGGAUCAACUGUUGGUGGCCAUUACCUCACCCAGGGCCAAGAAGAAUCAGAGCCAGGGCAGGAGAGGGGGCAGCUACCAGCUUAUCAAACAUCUGCACAGGAGGCAAGAUGAAGGCACCCCAGAGAGAGAUUGGGGGAUGGAGGAAGAUGGGGAGGAAUCUGAAGAAGAACUGACCCCACUCAACCUGGACUCACAAGGCCUCCACGAGGUGCUCAGUGCCAGCCUCCCCCUGCAGAGGGCCCUGCCUGAGGUGCGGCACCCACUGUGUCUGGAGCAGCGCCCAGCCCGCAGCCUGCCCACAGCCAGCGUCAUUCUCUCCUUCCAUGAUGAGGCCUGGUCCACGCUCCUGAGAACCGUGCACAGCAUCCUUGACACAGCUCCCAGGCCCUUGCUGCAGGAGAUCAUCCUUGUGGACGACCUCAGCCAGCAAGGACAACUGAAGUCUGCUCUGAGCGAAUAUGUGGCCAGGCUGGAGGCUGUGAAGCUGCUCAGGAGCAACAAGAGGCUGGGCACCAUCGGAGCCCGGAUACUGGGGGCCACCAGGGCCACAGGGGAUGUGCUGGUCUUCAUGGAUGCCCACUGUGAGUGCCACCCCGGUUGGCUGGAGCCGCUUCUCAGCAGAAUAGCUGAUGACAGGAAAUGUGUGGUGUCUCCAGUCAUAGAUGUGAUCGACUGGAAGACAUUCCAGUAUUCCCCAUCCAUGGAGUUGCAGCGAGGGGUGCUGGACUGGAAACUGGAUUUCCGCUGGGAGCCCCUCCCGGAGCAGGAGUGGAAGGCCCUCCCAUCCCCCAUCAGCCCUGUCAGGAGCCCCGUGGUACCCGGAGAGGUGGUGGCCCUGGACAGGCAUUACUUCCAAAACACUGGAGCUUAUGACUCUCUCUUGUCACUUCAGGGUGGCGAAAACCUCGAAUUGUCCUUCAAGGCCUGGCUCUGUGGUGGCUCAGUUGAAAUCCUCCCCUGCUCCCGAGUGGGUCACAUCUACCGAAGCCGAGAUACCAGCUCCCCGACUGACCUGGAGGCUGCCCUACAGAACAAGGUUCGCAUUGCUGAGACUUGGCUGGGCUCCUUCAAAGAAACCUUCUACAGGCACAGCCCAGAGGCCUUUGCCCUGAGCAAGGCUGCGAAGCCAAACUGCACAGAGCGUCUGCAGCUUCAAAGAAGGCUGGGUUGCCGGACAUUCCACUGGUUUCUAGCCAAUGUCUACCCUGAGCUAUAUCCAUCUGCACACAGACCCAGGUUCUCUGGAAAGCUCCACAACACUGGACUUGGCUUCUGUGCAGACUGCCAGACAAAAGGGGCUAUCCUGGGCUGUCCUGUGACAUUGGCUCCUUGCAGUGACAGCCGGCAGCAACAGCACCUGGAGCACACCGGCAGAAAGGCAAUUCACUUUGGCAACCCCCAGCACCUCUGUUUUGAUGUAAGAGGAGAGCAGGUAAUUCUGCAGAACUGCACUGAGGAAGGCCCUGCCAUCCAUCAACAGCACUGGGACUUCCAAGAGGAUGGGAUGAUUGUCCAUGUUCUUUCUGGGAAAUGCAUGGAAGCUGUGGUUCAGCAAAACAAUAAGGACUUGUACUUGCAUCAAUGUGAUGGGAAAGCCAGCCAGAUGUGGCACUUUGACCAGGUCCACUCUGUGGAUGAACGAUGAUAACAGCGACAGAGAGUAAAGAGGAUACUGAACAUCACAGUUCUGCUCCUGUGUCCUCAGUCAGUCCCUUUUGUGUCUGGGCUCCUGGUACAGGAGAGAAGAAAGCUCCAAAUACAUAGACACUCUCUCCAUGUACCUUAUUUCAUUGUUCGCUGGCUGUUUUUACAAAGGAAAAAAAAUAGAGGAUUCAUUGAAUUCAUUACCAGAAAUGAUCAUCAUGAAGUAGGGAAGAUUCUUCUUUUUUCUACUGAGCACCUAACGAUUCCUUUUGUCUCUGACCAUGGGAAAAAGCCUGGGCAUUGACUGACAGCACUUCCAAGAGACUUCAGAUCUGGAGGAUCAAUUUCUCAGACCUCAAAUAGCCUUAACUUGGACAGUUAUGUGGUCGACCAUGAGAGUUUGAGGGAAGUGUAAUGGUCUUGCAAUCCUAAAUGUUGGAUUAAGGUUAUUAGCGUAAAUGUUAUGCUCAUUGGUUGAACCCUAGCUCAGAAGGAAAGGAAGUGGGGUAAGAAACCAGGUAGAGCUGGAUACAAGACAGAGAAGUGCUUUGGCCCAACACUCUAGCUCAGCCUGGCCCACUGAAGAGCCAGCAGACCUGAGUAAGAUGUUUUUAUCUUCAGGACAAUUUUCUUGAAACUGCCUACCUCCAUUCACCCACCCUAGCCCUUCUCUGGCUGGUUAUCCACAAUCAGAUUUCCUUGCAAUAGAUUCCUCUUCUGUUGAUAGUGUGAGAAGGAUCGGGACAUUCUGGUAUCCUCAUGAACAAGUGUUUACAGUUGAUAAACUCUCCUGGUGUCCCAUUGGGGGGGGUAGCAUUGGCUUGAUGAGAAAUAGCAACCUUUAAAAGGGGGCAGUUCUCCUUAGAAGGGAAAUGUCAGGGUUGAAGCCAAAAUAAUUGCUAUAGAAGAGAUUUGGCUGUUAAAUGUCCCUGAGGUCUGACUGGGCCAUCUCUGAACCCAUAGUGACUGUGGAGGGCCCCUAAAUGUGGCUUCAGGUUGAAUGAUUCCACCUCAACCAGAGCAGAAUGAAGGCCAGGCCACAAGGGCUGCUGAGUAAGCUGGUCUUCUGGGUGAAGCUGGCUCUCUAUAUGGUAAGCUUAGAAACUUCCCCUUAAAGAUGCCAGUGUCCUUUGGGCUGUUUCAGGACAUGGUUGUUUCAAUUAAGAAUAGGGGAGGAAGUUUGGUUUUCCAAAGUACCGGUCAUAAUUAUGUGUUCCCUUCUACCUGCCAAGUCAAUGCCCAAGGCAAUUCUCCAGCCUUGGAACCACUCUAGACUCAUGGAUCUGAUAUAAUGGCCACCAACCCAAUAUGACUAUUUUCAUAGAAAUUUGUGCAAUUAGGGAAGUUUGAAAUUUGAAACCAUUCCUCAGUUGUACUGGCCACAUUUCAUGAGUUCAGUAGCCACAUGUGGCUAAUGGCUAAUGUACCUGAAAGCACCAAGGUAGAACAUUCCAUCAUCACAGACAGCUGUACUGGACAUCUAGGGAAGUGGUUUUAGUCACCAUCUUCUUGUUUCAGACCCGUCUAUACUUAAGCACAUUCCUCUAACACCCGAAAGCUGAGAUGGAGCUAAAUGGUCUCAGAGGACAACCUUGUAAAAAGGGUAUUAAUGAUUGAAGAAUAAAAAUUUUAAAAGACC